AUACCUGUGCAGCCUCUUAAGAAUUAUUCAGAGGCGCAGUCCUUUGAGAAUUUUGAGUUAGACGAAGCGAAAUACAAUCAGUACCGAAAAGCAAUUUGUGAAGCAUUGCUGGACAGGGUUCCUAAUGAAGAGGCAUCUAUGAUUACCACGGUAUUAGUGGUUGUUGGUGCAGGGCGUGGGCCUCUUGUGCGGGCAUCAUUAAAGGCAGCUGAAGAAACAGGGCGGAAGCUCAGAGUUUUUGCUGUGGAAAAGAAUCCAAAUACAGCUAUUGGACUUAAUGAGCAAAUUAGGUUCGAAGGAUGGUUGAAUAUUGUUACCGUAGUCUCAUGUGACGUGCGUUACUGGACUGCCCCUGAAAAAGCUGACAUAUUGGUUAGUGAUUUGCUAGGGUCUUUUGGUGACAAUGAACUGUCUCCCGAAAUUCUUGAUGGAGCCCAGAGGUUUCUAAAGAAAGAUGGAAUUUCAAUACCAUCUACGUACACAAGUUUCCUCCAACCAUUGACAGCUUCAAAGUUAUAUAAUGAUGCUAAGACACGUAAAGAUACUUUAAGCUUGGAAACUGCUUGUGUUGUUAAAAUUCACAAGGUAGCUCGGCUUACGCCUGCUCAGAAGGUUUUUACCUUUACUCACCCAAAACACACGGAUCAAGAAAGCAAUCAGCGGUAUAAGAAGUUGCAUUUUCUGAUACCUGAGAGUGCUGAGUCAGCACUGGUUCAUGGAUUCGCUGGUUACUUUGAUGCAACUCUUUACAAGGAUGUCCAUCUUGGAACCGAACCUUCAAAAGCGACGCCAGAUGUGUUCUCUUGGUUUCCAAUGUUUUUUCCAUUAAGGACACCGAUUUGUGUGGAUCCUGGUUCUCCCUUGAUAGUUCAUUUCUGGCGCUGUUGUGAUUCUAAAAAGGUUUGGUAUGAGUGGUGUGUUACAUCUCCUUCUUCAUCCCCGGUUCACAAUUGUAAUGGUCGCUCACACUGGGUGGAGCUUUAGAGUAGCAUUUACUUCUCGGAAUAUUUGGCAAAGUCUUGGUGGAAGUUUGUGACAACCCAACUUUUAGGCUUUAGUGGAAAUUGGGCUUUAGUGGAGCGCAGAUGAUACUUCAAAAACUAAGUACUGAUUACAAAUUAAUCGAUUUCUA